GUGUGUGCGUUCGAACGUCGACCUUAAGUGCCGUUCGAAAGAUCGCUCUCCGACGCGCUUGAUUCUGUCAACUUGGGACAAUCAUGAGGACUAUUUGUUUCGCUCUAUUAUUCUCACUAGGAGCCCUGACCUCGGCGGAUGUACUGAGUUUUCUCGAACCCAGAGAAUCGGAAGUGAUCGCUGUAGUUGAAACGCUCGUCAAUGAGGAGGAACUCAAGGGAAAACCUCUAGCUGUGGUCUUCGUGACGAACCGUUUUACCGAUCCCCAUGCCGAUGCUGUGUCCCAGCUGUUAUCGGGCCGAUCACAGCCUGUUUCCGUGUUCAUUGCCCCUGAAGGGAUACUCAAGGACGUCAAAGGAGGCACAAUACUGGUUUACCGCGAUGGGCGCAGAACUUUCUACCACGGUAUACGUGACGCCGCCACAAUCUUGAAUUUCGUCAAGCUCAUCGAUCAAGCCAGGAUGGUGGCGAUCACCAAUAAGAUUGAUAAGAUGGCAUUCGAGCGCACGAGGGGAACCAAAGUCGUGGGAUACUUCGCAGCCGGUGCAAGUGAGCUCACAGUUUUCGAAGAGGCAGCAAAACUUUUCGGAGCCAAGGUCUCAUUUUUCCUGGUCACAGACGCUAUCGUCGCGAAGCAUUUGAAGCUGAACGCAACGGGACAGAUCAGCCUCGUUCGCCCCUUCGACAAAACGCCGGUUCAGUGUCCUCAGAAUCCAGCCACCCUCGCUGACAUUCAGCGACUGAUUGUGCUAAACAAGGAAACCUUCGUGAAAGUGACACCGAUGAAUGCAAGAGAUCCUUCGUUCAAUAAAAGCCUUUCGCUCGUACUCAUCACCGAUUCCAGUCCUCUAUCAUACCAUCUCCUGAAAUUGGUGUCCAGGAAUCACCGUAAUGGCACCACGAAAGAUCUUCAAACCCUCUGGAUAGAGCUCACGGAAUUCCCGCUUAUGGAUCCAAGCAUUUCACCCCUACAGGGACUAAGCGCCCUCCCAGGUCUAGGAUUCUGGGAUCCGAUCUCCGAUUCCUAUGAAUGGCUCGAUCUUGCGACCCUGAACACUGCACCGAACGAUCAGAUCCAAGAAGAUGCGAAUCUGCUCGCUAUCCAAACCUUCAUCGCUUCCCGUUACCGACCCAACGUCCCAUCCAUAGAUCCAGCCCCAGAAACUGCGAAAAUUGAACUCUAGUAAUCGACUCGAUAUUACUACUAAUGACGGCAUUCCACCGAUCGGGAAGAUUCUCUGUGCGAAGAGAAUCGCGAAUUCCCAUCGCGAGAGUCCAAGAUGUCUCUUCCUCGCAUGGCUUCUUCCGGUGAUCUCGGUGUGCGAUUUCCAGCUCAAAUAAGAGGGGAAACGGUUUUCGGCAGCUCUCUGCUCGGGGCAUCCCAGACAGUCUGCGGAUAAUAAAAUUGG